AUCGGUAUCGGGAAAAUACUCCACGUCACUGUUUUGGAAUUAGGGGGGUCCACCACAUGCAAGUUCUGUUCUCCAUCCACCCGUAACCACGUGAUAUGACGAUGAAAAAUUGUCGUCUGUCAGUCUUAGUCAGGAUACUCAGUCCGUGUCCGCUACACGCGCCAAAAAAGCUCGGCCGCCUCAAAACUCGCCGUAAUCGGACACCCGCCGAAUUUUUUGGUGAUGUCUUUACAGGCUCCUCCUCCUCGUAUGCUGCCGCCGCCGAUUCCACCCGGAGGUGGGAUGCCGACGGGCACUAUGGUUGCGAUGAUACUGGGGAUUGUGAUAGGAGGAUUUUCUAUGCUCGUCGCCGUGGGUAUUUUCGUCAUUUUCUACAGGAGGUGGAAAAGGAAGAAGAUGUUAGAGCUUGGACUCCAGGAUCAUAAACCAGGAGGAGAUCCUUCGAGAGACACGAAGAGUAGUAGCAGCUUGGCCUCUGAUAAAACACCACUAUCCCUUGGCAUUGCCUUAGGAUAUUCUCAAGGCACUUUUACAUAUGAAGAACUAGCCAUGGCAACAGAUAACUUCUCGCCUGACAAUCUCCUUGGCCAAGGUGGUUUUGGAUAUGUCCACAAAGGCAUCCUUCCAAAUGGAAAACAGGUUGCAAUUAAGCAGCUAAAAGCUGAGAGUGUGCAGGGGGAUCGAGAAUUUCGGGCUGAGGUUGAGGUCAUUAGUCGUAUCCAUCAUAGACAUCUUGUUUCACUGGUUGGUUACUGUAUUAGUGGGGAACAGAGGCUGCUUAUUUAUGAGUUUGUUUCAAACGGGACGUUGGAAUUUCAUCUGCAUGGAAAGGGGAGACCAACAAUGAACUGGCCAACCAGAAUGAAAAUAGCUCUAGGUUCUGCAAGAGGAUUGGCAUAUCUGCAUGAAGACUGUCAGCCCAAAAUCAUACAUCGUGACAUUAAAGCAGCUAAUAUUCUUCUUGAAGAUGACUUUGUGCCAAAGGUUGCAGAUUUUGGACUUGCUAGGUUUUCUUCAGAUUCUGAUACUCACGUCUCCACAAGGGUCAUGGGAACUUUUGGGUACUUAGCUCCAGAAUAUGCAUCUAGUGGAAAACUCACUGACAGGUCAGAUGUCUUCUCUUUUGGGGUUGUGCUUUUGGAGUUGAUUACUGGACGCCGACCCAUCAGCAAGGCUGAACCCUUCGCUGAUGAUAGCAUGGUUGAGUGGGCCAGGCCUUUGCUCGUGCAAGCACUUGAAAAUGACGACUUUAAUGCCCUUGUUGAUCCGAGGUUGCAGAAUGACUACGACUCCACUGAAAUGACCCGAAUGGUUGCUUGCGCUGCUGCUUGUGUCCGUCAGUCAGCCCGCCUCCGCCCACCAAUGAGUCAGACAGUUCGAGCUCUGGAGGGUAAUAUUGCUUUAAAUGAUUUAAGUGAAGGAGUAACGCCUGGUAGCAGCAUAGUACUUGACUCGUAUGGAAGCACAAGCUACAACGCUAGCCAAUACAAGGAAGACUUGAAAAAAUUCCAAAAACUGGCACUGCAAGUGAGCCAAGAGCGAACCUUUAGCGAGGGCAGUGGGCUCAGUAGUGAUUUUGGUCAGCACCCAUCUACCUCAAGCAGUGGGCAACAUACCACCCAAGAGAUUGAAUUGGAGAAAAUCAAGAAAGAUACCCAAGAUUUUCAGUGAAAGCUCUUGGCACUUGGCAACUGAUUCUCAGUCCAAAGAGGAAGAAAGAAAACUAUUUAAAAAAAAAAAAAAAAAAAAAACCAAUUACCAGGUUUUAUUAUAUUAAAAUUUUCUUUGAACAAUUCAAGGGCAGAUUAUAUUAAAAUGUCUUUCAAUUGUAUUUUUUUGUACACUUGGUGAAUUAUUGGGAGCUCGUCAAAUAAACUAAAAGCAUUUGUAUUGUAAA